AUGACAUAAUCGCCAGAACGUAAGGCGCGUUUAUUUCUGUUUUUAAUUGGAAAAAUAUUAAAACGUGACUGAAAUUCAUUGCGAACUGUUCAUAAUAGUGUUUUGAAAUAUACAAUACAAUAUGUCGUACGCUAUGAUUCGACAUUUACGUAGAACUAGUUUAUUGUGUGAGCAAAUUAGAGUCGAAAGUACCUUGAACAAUGUGACCCAGGAAGAGUUUUUAUUUCGACCUCCAGUGCCUCAAUGGAGCAAGGUGAUACGAGAAGCAGAAAAAAUUGUUGGAUAUCCGACCUCCUUCAUGAAUUUGCGUUGGCUUCUUAGUGACGAAUUCUCGAAUUUGGCCAUGCACUUACGAAAAAUUGUAGACAGCAACCACCCUAUAAUGAAGACGGCAAAAACUGUGCUUUACAAUGAGCAAAACAACCUGCAGCCUUGGGGACUUAUAAUUUUACUGCUCUCCAAAGCCAUCAGUCCUUCAACAUAUUCCUUAGAAGCCACCACAUUAACAGAAAAGCAACGAAUGCUGGCAGAAUUAACAGAAAUGAUACGCACAGGCCAUUACAUACACAAAGGCUUACUAAACAUACCAUUUGAAGAACGAGACAAGACUAAAGAAACAUCAAUAUUUGCUAACAAAAUUGCCAUUUUAAUAGGAGAUUACCUUCUUGUUACAGCGAACGGCAUGCUAGCCCGUUUAAGAAAUCAGGAUUUAUCAUAUUUAAUAUCAACAGCAUUACGUGAUUUGAGUGAAGGAGAGUUCUUUGGGCCUCGUGAUGAACAGAACUUGCCGUUACCAGGAAAACCAGUGAAAAGAAAUGAAGAUAACUUCAAAAUCAGUGAUGACACAAUACCGUUAGAUGUGAAAAAUAUGUUAGGUUCACCAAAAAAAGAGUGGACCUUACGGACUAUGUAUAACGGAGGUUCGUUAUUUGGUAGAGGUUGUGAAGGGGCUGUGUUAUUAGCUGGUAAGAGUGAUUCUGAUCAGAAAAAGGCAUAUUUAUUCGGUUGUCACUUAUGUUUAGCCUGGCAAGCAGCCAGUGAACUCCAAAAAUUCACAUCAAAUAAUAAAGACACCUUUUCUCUUGUCAGCGCUCCAGUUUUGUUCGCAUUAAACAGUUCUCCAGAAAUAUAUGAAAGUUUAAAAAGUGUCAACAACGUUUCUUCAAUAGAUUUUGAUGAGUUAAAGACGAGAAUAACGGAGACAGAUGCAAUUGAGCAAACUAAAUCAUUAUUUGUACAGCAUGCUGAAAAAGCGAGGAGUUACGUUGAAAUGUUUGGUGAUAACCAGUCUGUUAGUACUAUAAAGAGAUUGAUUAAAACUGUACAGUGUUAAAAAAGUAGUGCUAAUUUGAUAACAACAAAACAUAUUUAAUAAAAUUGACAGCUCUAUCCAUUUCUAAACUACAUAGAGUAAAGGAUGGCACUAUGUUUAGACCUACCAAUUUAAUUAAGUUGUAUAAUCAAAUUAGCACCAAUGAAUAGACAUAAUUUUUAGACAAAUUAUAAAAGGGUUGUCCUUUAAUUAAGAGAGGCCUGAAUAAAACAGUCCAAGCCAUUGUCGCUACAAAAUACCUCUUAAUUAGUUACAUUAGAUUUUUUAGGUUUAGUACUAAAAUUAUGUCCAAUAUGUAUUAUUUUUCCAAAGAAGAAUAAUUUUAAUUUAGCACCUAAUAUUAUUUUUCUUUGUACAUUGCUGGCAAUGUUAAAUAAGUUCCUUUUAAAAUAUAAAUUAUGUAUAUAAUAUAUUGUAGGUAUAGUUUGCUUGCUUAUUUUUUAUCUUUUUUUUCUAUUUCAUUUGGGAGAGCAUUAUAUUUUUAUUCAUAUUAUUUAUAUACUGUGAUGGUUUUUAAAAGAUAAUAAUAAUUAAUUGGGUGUCUUAAAAAAAUAGAAAUACAUAUUUUAAUGUAAAAAAUUCUAAUUAGAAUGUGGAAAAAUAUCAUGAAAAUAAAUUUUAAUACUUACCAACUUAACACAUUUUUUGUGAUACUUUAGUUAAUAGAUAGAAUUGUUGUGUUUUAAUAAAAAUCUAUAGAAAGUUUUAAA